UUUAUGAAGCUGAGUGACAAAUAAUGUUCAUUGUAAAGUAAACACAGGCAGGGCAUUUGGUGUUUGCGACAUAUUUAGCACCAUCCCCAAAGCGUUCAGUCUCUAAUACCGCACUUUACAAAAGUAAUGUUUACGGUACAUCAUUUCGGAGCAACCACGGGACUAUUCGUCUUCCAACAAAAAAAUACAACCUUUCUUGACCCUCAAGUUCCAGGGGAGGAAAAAAAAUGCCGUCAAGGAACCAUCUUGACAAAGUUGGACGGAAGAAAAAGAAGAAAUGGGCCGAAGAGGCCAUGGAGCGUGCCCUGAUUGAGGUGAAAUCGGGACGGUGCACAGUGAGACAGGCUGCCAAAGAGUUCGGAGUUCCCAAGUCCUCACUCGGGGACCGAGUAAGUGGACGAGUGACACCGGGGAGUCGCAGCGGCCCAGCUCAGCUUAUCGCGUCUGCCGAUGAGCAGCUGCUGGUGGAGUUCUGCUUAUAUAUGUCCAAGCAUGGAUUCCCACUCACCAAGCAGCAGGUUGUGUCUUUCGCSUCGUCCAUCUAUAAACGGCAGCACCGGAGGGUGGCGGUUUCCAAACUGGGCCAGACGUGGUGGCUCAAUUUUAGAAGACGGCAAGAAAAGAACAUUAUUAUUCAGCCGGCAGACAGCYUUGUGCGUGGGAGGACAGCGUGUGUGAGAAAGGAAGCGGUGGAUCAUUUUUAUUGCCUCUUGAACACAGUCGUAGACACACACAGGCUCAGAGACAGGCCUCACCAAAUCUACAGCUGCAGUGAGACGGGCUUCCAGCUGGGAAGGAAGAAGGCCAUGCUUCCCAAAUCUACUAGUUUGGGCUACAAGCCAGCGCCAAACUCGAGGGAACAUAUCUCUGUGCUGGCCUGCUUCAAUGCAGCCGGGGGGGACAUUCCUCCAUUUAUUAUCUACUCAAAGGCCUACCCUGGAGGGGUUUGUUACAAGACACAGGGACCGCUAAACGCCCUCUACGGGUGGUCCGACUCAGGUUGUAUCAACUCAGAACUCUUUAAGAAAUGGUUCCUCAAACACUUCCUUAUCCACGCGCCCAAGGAGCGCCCGCUGCUGCUGAUCUUCGACGGCCACCGGUCYCCCGUGAACCUGGAGGUGGUGGAAUCCGCUCGCAGAGAGGACGUCGUCCUCCUCUGUCUUCCCCCUCACUGCUCCCACGUCCUGCAGCCGCUGGACGCCGGCCUCUUCCUGGUUCUCCGGCAGCGUUUCGCAGCCCUCGCGGGCGACGGCUGCGCCACCGAUGCGCACUUUCUGCUCAGCAAGAAGGAGUUCUCGGGCGUUUUUCGGGAAACCUAUCAGAUCGCAAAAGAGGAGGAAGGUGUCCGGAUUGUGACGGAAGGCUUCAGGCAGUGCGGUGUCUACCCUCUGAGCCACUACGCCGGCGGUGACGACCACUUCGCGUCGUCGCACAGCGGCGGCCCCGUGGCUGGAACCUUGCUGUCCGUCUCGGCGCAGGACAUGCACUCAGAGCUCGCAGCCGCCGGACCUUCCUCCUAGCUUCAUCGCUAAUCUAUCAAACUGUCAGCACCUUCGAAGGGAGCAGGGUCAGUACCUUUGAGGAAACUGCUGUCGGCUGCAUAAUUCAGGAAAAGCCAAUCAACUCGGACUGGCGCCGCCAUUUAAAAUGCUGAAUGGGUUUACACUGCUGAAGGAGAGUCARGCACCACCUCCCCCAGCCUCCCAGCACACACUGUUUAUCUCUUCCUGUCCAGGAAGAAAGGGCUGCAUUGAUGCAAAUUACUGUUACAGUUCCCAACAAGUACAAUACACAUCUAAAACGUAUUUGUAUUCAUUGCAAUAUUUCAGUUUGAUCUUUUUUUUUAUUGUUUUUAAGCCAGGGAAAAGUUUUUCAAAUGUAACUAUCCCACAACUAAAACACACAGAUAGAAAUUGCUUCACUUUAAAGAAAUUACAAGCCAAUUACCUGGAGAGCUAGGUAAUUUCCCCAGAUACCACACUACCACUGAUAGCUUUUUUUUUGCCGGUUGCAGCCUGCAUUGAUAUGUGUAGCUUUUCCGCUCGAACUUUCUUUGAGUAAUGCGUUACCGAGCGCAUUACCGAAGGAGCGCCUUCAAUUUAGUGUUCAACAAAUCGUGCGGCGCCCUGCAGCAGUUCAGUGACCACUGCAGAAACACAACCUCUGCAUGCUUAAUGUUUUAAGCCCCCACCCCCGGGUGUCACAGGCCGUGUCGUCAGCUCAGCCACGGCUUUAAUCAGACUGACAGACGUGCCGUCCCACAUCUGCAGUCAUAAUUACCGAUGCAGACAGUCUCCUCAGCUGUCAGCGAGCAGAAAAACCUGCUCUUCUUGGUUUUCUUUGUAAAAUCAGCAGUGCAGACCUGUAAAGCUGCAACUGGAACACAGCUAAGAUAGUUUUCCCCUCAGUUUAAAGGAAGUGCAAUUUUUUGUUUAAAAGGUAAUGCCUCAAAUAUGUUUUAGAAACUAUUUACAUGCCUGUGGUUUCUGUUUGAAGUAUGACACAACUGUUACAGAAAGUUUAAGCUCAAUUAUUUAAUUCUGAAGGAAUUUUAGACAAAACUGCAUAUUCUGUUUGCUUUAGGAAAACGGAUUUCAGGACAUGAACUCAGGGACAGAAUCCAAAAUAAAGGAGAUUUGUAAAUCUA